ACUCUCUACCUGGAUAUCAUCAACAUCUUCCUCAGUAUUCUUUCCAUCUUAGAAAAGCAAGGGGGAGCUGAGGAGGAGGCGUGAAACACAAAGAUUCGGAAAAAUUAUUUUUCAGUUAACGAAUAGAAGUGAGUUUCUGUACUCAAUUUGAUUUGCAUUGGGCCUAUGUAUUUUCACAUAGUUUGCUUUUGAUUCACCCACUGUAAAUUCCACAUUGUACAUAUGUAUAUAUGUAUGUACAUAUGUGUACAUAUUUGACAAAACAUAGUUUUUUUCCAGGGCUUGGAACGUUAUUGCACAGUUUUGUGUGCUUCAUUGUCACGGUGAUGAACUAGUCAUUAUUUUUUAUGCAUUUUUUCAUGCAUUACACUUGUCAGACUUCUUGUCUGUGUUGAUUUUUUCACCAGGUGAAAACUCAAACUUGUUAAAACUAUGGACCUUGUGGGGUUUAUUUUUUUAGUCAAACUGCUAUUUCCAGGGCCCUAAACCAGUGGGGAUGGUCUACCAAUUUAAAUGUCAACUAAUCUGUUUCCAUGACAACCAAGUAAACAUCCCCUGCUUACCUAUAUGGACUGGUGCUUUUUUGUGUCUUUCUAUAGUUAAGAAUUAAAGUUGAUGCUUUAAAGUAUUCAGGUUUUAAACUUUAUGUCUGAUCUUUGUAUUAAGUAAAAGAAUUCUUAAAAAAACAAAAUCACAUCUCAAGAGAGAGUUCUGUUCUGUCCUGUUCUGUUAUGAUUUGAUGUGAUUUUGUUGGUGCGCAGACAACUCGGGGUGUUUGUGGCUCGGCUGCCCGACAGGGAGCCCCAGGAUGGACCCAGAACAAACUUCUGCGGCCUUGCGACUGCAAAAUGAACAACUCAGGCAGGAAAAUGAUCAGCUGAAGUCAAUGCUAAUUGUUGUCAAGGAAAACAUAGACCUGAGAGCCAGGAUGCAGAGCUUCAAUGACACUCUGGAGGAUUUAACAGUUUUCCCGACCUCAGUAACGAAGCCAUCCGUUCAGUGGCAAAACACCGCUGAUGAGGGACAGUUCAGAAAAGACCUGCAGAAGACCAGAUUCAAACAUGAACAUCGAACAUCAUCUCCCCUCAACUUCAAGUCUUUCGUGCAAAGCUCUGUGCACACAGACACGAUUGACGACGGAGAUCUUCAGAGCUGCCAGACUGAUAUUGCUUCUGAUGUCAAAGGUCCAAACAGGCUGCUUGGGGAGAUUGCUUAUCAGCUGGAUAAGAGGAUUCUGUACCACGUCUUCCAGUGCCAUAAGAGGCUCUAUGGUUUCACAUUGCUCAAUAUACCAGAGAAGAUCACAGAGGUUAGCACACACCCUUUGACGGGGAAGGUGGAUGAAGAUUAUCGACUUCAUCUCACGCAGAGGCACGCAGACCUCAUGGACAGGCUGAAGCAAUUCGGGUAUAAGACAACGCUUCACCCCCCAUUCACUGAAUUUAUUGUCAACGCCUACGGGAUCCUGAAGGAGAGACCCAGUGAACACAGCAACCAGGGAAUUGACUACAAUAAUCCCAGUUUUCUGAGGAAGCUGAUAAUGACCAAUGCGCCGAGAAAACUUCAAAAAGACCUGCUGCUAGUGCUCACCUGCCUCUGCUACAUGGCGGAGAGAGACAGGAAACCUCUUCUUCUCUGCUAGACACAGCUGCAACCAAAGGCAUGCCGAAAUUAAACAGCUGACAUUAAACUGGAAAUCAACUCCAAUAAGUGAUGCUAUAUGAUAAA